AUGUAUGGUAAAUGGAAUGGAAUUGACAUACAGACUAAAUUUUGGUUUGUUGCAGCUGAAAAAAAGUAUAUUGAAGCAUUUCAAUUGCUUGUUUGCCCCUUUGAGAUGGCACACAUCGAUAACAUGAAGAUCCUCAAAGCUCUGAUUUAUGCUGAGGAUGAUCAACUGCCACUUGUUGAUGGUUCUAAUAAGAAACGGGUUAGCAUUGAUGUGCUAAGGAGAAAGAAUGUGUUGUUACUCAUUUCAGACUUAGACCUCUCCCAUGAAGAGCAUUUCAUACUCGAUCAAAUGUACACUGAGUCUCGACAAAACCCGACAAGGUCGGAGAGUCAGUAUGAGGUUGUAUGGCUCCCAGUCCUCGACAGAACAAUCCCAUGGAAUGAUGCGAAGCAACAGAAAUUUGAGGCCAUUCAAGCUUCGAUGCCCUGGUUCUUGCUGCAGCACCCUUCACUGCUUGAUCCAGCAGUCAUCAAGUACAUUAAAGAGGUCUGGCACUUCAACAAGAAGCCUCUGCUUGUGGUGUUAGACCAACAAGGCAAAGUUGUGAAUCCUAAUGCAAUCCAUAUGAUGUGGAUUUUGGGAAGUAUGGCUUUUCCAUUUACUAGCUUGAAGGAGGAAGCACUUUGGAAAGAGACAACUUGGUCAAUUGAGUUAUUGGCAGAUUCCAUCGAUCAAUCCAUUGUUAAUUGGAUUGUAGAUAGAAAGUACAUUUGCUUGUAUGGAGGAGAGGACCUAGAGUGGAUCCGAAAAUUUACGUACAUAGCAAAAGCUGUUGCAAAAGCAGCAGACAUCACAUUGGAGAUGUUGUAUGUAGGAAAAAGCAACCCAAGGGAAAAAGUUCGGAAGAUCAGCAACACUAUCUUGAGUGAGAAUCUCGGCCACAUAUUGUCAGACCCAACUCUCAUGUGGUUCUUUUGGGUGAGGUUAGAAAGCAUGCGGCACUCCAAGAUGCAACACGGUAAGUCUGUAGAGAAUGAUCUCAUAAUGCAAGAGAUCAUGACAAUUCUGGGCUUUGAUAGAAGUGAGCAGGGAUGGGCUGUGAUUAGUCAUGGCACGGCUGAGAUGGCUAAAGCCAAAGGUGACACCAUGUUGACUAGCUUGACCAAACAUGAAGAUUAGAAGGAUCAAGCUAAU